ACUGUAGAGACAUUGCGGUGCACCAUCAACCAUGGGGAAAGUGGAGUAGCCGGUCAAGAGUACAGAGGCAGGCCCUGGACAGCGAGUUAACAUAUAACCUACUUGAUAAUAGCCUCUCCGCCACUGCCAUGUUCAUACAUUGCAGCGAAGCACCUCAUUCGAGAUCAUUCGCAGCCGGAGGCGUAGAGCAAAGACAAGGCGACAGUCGCUCCGUAGCCUAAUGUUUGUGGGACAAACGUGUCAACGGAGAAUAUAUUACGUUAUGAUCGCCUUGAACGGGAAUAAUAGGAGCUGGACGUGCUGAGUUUUUUUCCACUGUGGUAUUAAAAUGUUUAAGGCUAUCCGGCGUUUCCCAUGGGUCACAAAUGUCACCCUGUACGGGUGCCUGUUCGCCGGGGGAGACUUCGUGCACCAGUGCCUUUCACGGAGCGACGAAAUCAAUUGGACCCAAACGCGGAACGUCGCCAUAGUAGCCUUCAGUUUCCAUGGCAACUUCAACUUCUUCUGGAUGCGGUUUUUGGAGCGCACGUUCCCCGGAAACUCCGCCGGGAUGGUGCUGCGUAAACUAGUCCUGGACCAGACCACAGCAGCGCCACUCGCUACCAGCGUCUUCUACACAGGUGUGAGUUUUUUAGAGGGUAAAGAAGACAUAACACAGGACUGGAGAGAAAAAUUUCUAAAUACAUACAAGGCAAGACUGAUGUACUGGCCUUUUGUGCAGUUCCUGAACUUUGCUCUGGUACCUCUGUAUGUGCGAACUACAUUUACCGGCUGCUGUGCAUUUGUUUGGGCGACUUUCUUGUGUUUCUCACGGCAAAGUGGUGAUGGCACUGCAGCUGCAGCUAUUUCAUGGAUGUUCCCCACAAAAGAUAGAACAAGCCAGGACCAAGAGGACUCUAAGAAGGUCAGUGCUUCUGCAGAGAAGAAACAACCAGCCAAACCAACUAAAGAAUGAUUGUCACGUUACAAGACACAUGUUGUAUAAGAAGUGACUUACGCUAAAUAAAUGAAGGUGCUUCCACUGGGUCAGUUCACCUAAACCACCUAAAAUCCCAGUUUCACUCAGUUUUACAAGAAACAGUUAUUGCAACAACACUAGUCUGAUCUGUACUUUGUGGUUAUUCUUGGUGUUUUUUUUUUGUUGUUGUUGUUUUCUUUGCUAUGUGUCAAAGAAAAAAAAAAACUUGCAACAAAUGCUGCUAUGAGAUCAUAGAAGGUUGACCAUAUCAAACUUGUUGCUGGGCUUCAGAAGACAUCAUUACAUUCUAUUGGCUUGUAAUUGAGGAGAAGGCAGCAAGGAUAUCUAUUGCCUUUCUUCAGAUUUUGCAGUGUGGUUGAAUAAAUAUAGUGAUGUGUACUGGACCAGUGGACUAAUGUCAAUGCUUAGGUUAAACUUUUUUGUAUUUUUCUUAAUUCUUUUUAUGAAAAUAUCAUAAAGUUGAUACCGAAUUGCUUCAAAAAUCAGAAAGCAUAGGCCAGAAUCUGCCAGAUCAUUCCUGUGUGGCAACAUGGCUGCAUUAUGUCAAGUCAAAGUACAAAGUCUACAAUGGGGCCAUGUAGGCCUGUCACAAUAACAACAUUUGAAGUACCAUUUAUUACAGAGAUUACAGAGAAAUAGAACAAUAACCAUUCAUAGUCAAAGUACUUUAUGCCUCUGAUACAAUAAAAAUAAAACAGGAUAAUCCCAGUGAAUCAUUUUUUAAAUAGACAGUAUAAUUUAGAGGCCUGAGCUGCAACAAAUAAAUAGCAGAAUUAAGCAAUAAUUAACCACAUAAUUUACUUAUUCAACCCUGCACAGCUCAAAUCUUAUCGUAAUAGUAGUAAGUAGUAGUACCGUAAAUUUCGGAUUAUAAGCCGCUACUUUUUUUCCACGCUUUGAACCCUGCGGCUUGUACAGCAGUGCGGCUUAUUUAUGGAUUUUUUACUGGAUAACGGCCCCUGGGUUUUAUUUUCACGGACAAGCCUUCUACACGUGGCAGAUAAAUAUGGCAAAAACAACUUAAGUGCAUUAAAAAAAUACAACUCACCAAACCGCUGCAUCAGAGGGAGCCCUGCGCUGAUUAUGUGAUUAUGUCUACUCUGCUCCGCAGUUUCUUUCAAAAACUCUAAAGGCGUAUCGUUUAAUCCCAGGUGCUUAUUCUCCAUGUGCCAAAGCAGUUUUGAAGGUUUCAUUGCCUUAUUUGCUUUUCCCGUAUGUUACGUAGAGCGGACUGUGCGCGUGAGUCACCUGCAGCGACAAACCCAGGUUUUAAGUAGGCAUUGUCUGUUAAAUUUAUCUUUCUUUUUCUUGGAGGUGUAGUCUCCUCUUCUGGCUCCUCAGUUGUCCUUUUCCCCUUUGUUAAAAGCUCUCCAAAGACUUUUGUUUUGGCUCAUUUUCACUCGCUUGUGGCUCUACUUUUGUGCGACAUGUCUGAUGUGUUAUAUGUGAAACGUCACCGCGGAGACAAGAGCAGAUAAUAAACUUGCUACUACAUCAAAUAGAUUUCUGUGGCGAUUUCCAGCAGGAUUUUCAUGAUACAUCUAUGGACGAGCUUAUUAGUGUGUCAUUAGGGACGGGCCAAAGUUGCUCCUGACCCCUGUGCGCACAACGUCUGAAAAUCAGGGCUCUUUACGCAGGACAGUGAGCUGUGUCUGUGUCUGUGUCUGUGAGACGUGAGCGGUGUUUGUUUUGAACAUUGUUCCGAGUGUGACGCUUAUUUUGAGCAACGAAAAAUAAGAAAAUAUAAUUUUAUUUUAAGAUCAUAAUAAUCUUCCAAUUUAAACUACAACAAAAAAGAGCUAACACAAAUAAAAUACACUUCAGCCACGCAGAGCCGCAGUAUAAGGCUGAAAGAGGCGCAUACGGCUCCGGAGCCGCGGGUUGCAGACUCCUGAAAUAGAGCCACUGCACGUAAGCUCGACAUCAAUGAAUCCAACUUGGUCAAUGUAAAAGACGACAAAAGUUUUCAGAGGAAAUAAAAGCAGAUUUUCCGUUUUGGUGCAGUUUUAUUUUCUAAACCUGCAGAUGUGUUCAUCCCGUGUUGUUGUCGUGUUGGUGCCAAUUUUCAGGCACAGUUUAAAAAAAAGCGUGUCGGUGCACCGUCUUUCUGUGUAAAUAUCUCAUGUUACAAUAUGAAAACCUGCGGCUUUUAUUCAGGUGCGGCUUAUAUAUGUACAAAAUUGAUUUUCUCUUCAAAUUUGGCUGGUGCGGCUUUUAAUCAGGUGCGCUCUGUAGUCCGAAAUUUACGGUAAAUAUUGUGACAGGCCUAGAUCCAUAAAUGGCAGACAUGGAAGAAGCCAGAUGGGUUCUGGUUGCAGUCAGAACUAUAGUAAAGUGAAAGUCCAAGGGUUAGAGCUAAUGCUUUCUCUAAAUGAAAAGGUGCUUUCCUUAAACUGUGCCUGAACACUGGUAGAGAUGAGUGGAUUUACAAACACGCACAAAGCCAAUAAGAUAAUAUAUUUUGUAUAUUAAUGUACUUGUUAACAUAUUUGAUAUAAUAUAUAUGCAAACAGAGUGGAUUGUGUUUAUAUAAUAGAUAAUAUAUGGUACAGUGUGAACAUUUAUUUUAUCACUUAACUCGUAAAUAAGAGUAUUUAUAUGUGAAAUGUAAUUGUGUAAGGUCAUAUGAAAAAUGUUAUGAUUUUUACUGGUGGUUAAUCUUGACAGGGUCCAGUCAAAAAUACAGUUUGUACAUUUUAUGUGAGAUGGUUGAAAUGUUUUCAUUAAAUUAUUUGUGUUCAUAAAUAAAACAUGCUAUAAUUGUGUU